AUGGCGACCACUGUUUAUGUCAAGAAUAUUGCCUCCAACACCGAGGACAAGGAGAUCAAGGACUUCUUUAGCUUCUGCGGCAAGAUCAACUCCAUCGACGUCACCUCCGAGGGCGAGACUAAGUCCGCGACCGUGAACUUCGAGAAGGAGACCGCCGCCCGCACUGCUCUCCUCCUCAACCACACCAAGCUCGGCACCAACGAAAUCUCCGUCACCGGCGGCUCUUCCUCGGACGAUGCCCAUCCCGAUGACUCCACCACCGAUCGCUCCCCCGACGCUGGCCUGACACAAGAAGAGAAGCCCCGCGCCCGCGUCCUCGCUGAGAUCCUCGCUCAUGGCUACCUCGUCGCUGAUACCGGUCUCGAAACGGCCAUUCAGCUCGACGAGAAGCACGGCGUCACCAACAAGUUUGUCAACACCGUCAAGCAGCUCGAUGAACGCACCCACGCCACAGACAAGGCCAAGGCUGCCGAUGCUAGCUACGGCUUGACCGCUAGAGCCAACUCUCUCCUCACUGGCCUCGCGUCGUACUUUGAGAAGGCUACCCAGAGCCCCACCGGCAAGAAGCUGGUUGACUUUUACACCACCAGCUCCAAGCAGGUUCAAGAUAUCCAUGCCGAGGCGAGACGGCUGGCGGACCUGAAGAAGGCCGAGCACGGCGGGAAUGCCUAUGCUGCGUCGGGGCUUGAUAAGGUCUUUGGCCGGUUUACUGGUGGCGCGGCCAAGUCUAAUGAGGAGGUUCCUGGUGGUGCUCCUGCCAAUGCGGCGGCGGUGGAGAGUGAGACUAAACCCACUGCGCCGGCUGGUACUGGGGAGUCCAAGGUCAUUCACUAAGGGGGGUUGAAGGAGAGUAGACAAUGACGAGAUGAGAAUGAAGUCAUGGCAUGGGACUGGGACUAGGUUUUAUGGGUCACGAUCACGGUUCUUUUGCAGACGUUGAUUCCCACCGGUGUUUUUUUCUUUUUUUUCUUUCCUCUUUGCGCUUAUUGUAUCCUUGCUUUUAGUUAGUCAAGGCUUGGUGGAAUGAGAAUUACAUCCUAUCACAAUGUAGUCGUGGAUCAGAUCAUCCUCAACAGGUGCUGUGUGA